AUUGUGCAGGAUACAAUGUUACAGCUGCUGAGAAGGUGCAGAGAAGCAGAUCAACAUUAACAUUAAAGAGGUCUAUUCAAAAGUCUGAUAACAAUGGAAAAAACGCUGUUCUUGAAUCUAGUUGUACGUGUCUACAAACCUUGAUGUCUUCUGCCCGACAGGAUAACCACGGUGGGAGAUGGUUUUGAUUAUCUUGGUUGUUUUCCUGAGGCAGGGGCAAGUACCGAUGAAGUCAAUGGUUGGAAGGCUGGUGGCGUUGGACUGGACUGUUCACAUCUUUUCGUAGUUUUUCUUAAUCUUGGGAAGAUCAGUUACCAUACAACGCUGUGAUGCAUCUGGACAGGAUGCUAUCUAUGGUGCACCUAUAAAAAUAUUUAAGUAUCUUCUGGACAUGCUGAAUUUCUUGACCAUAGUGCCGAUAUGGAUGGACCAGGGCAGAUUGUUGGUGAUCAUCAGUCCCAGGAACUUGACACUGUCAACCAUCUCCACCCCAGGCCAUUGAUGCAGACAGGGGCAUGGGCUCCAUUCCACUUCCUGAAGUCAAUGGCCGGCUCCUUCAUUUUGCUGACAUUAUGGCCUGGAACAUUUGACCAAGCAUUGGCAGAUAUCAAAGCAAACAUUAAUCAGCAAGAAGAUGGAAGUUUACAAAGUACCUGGCUUCUCUCUGAGAUUGAUCACUGGAACAAUGAGAAGGAACGGAUUGUUUUAAUCUGUGAGAAGACUCUGCUCAUCUGCAAGUAUGAUUUCAUGGUCCUUGCAUACCAGUACUGUCAACGAGUGCCACUCAAUUAUAUCGACAGAAUCUAUUAUGGAGAAUUCUCUUUCCCUGAGCGUUCCAUCAGCAGAAGAGAUGGUAAGGGACUGCGGAUUCACUGGGAUAAGCUGCGAGAGGCUUCCUUCCUGUCCCGUUGGAACCCUUGGAGUGCUGACAUUCCAUAUACUACCUUUACUGAGCAUCCAGCCAUCAAUGCCACUGAGAGAUUCACCAGCCUUUGUCAGCUCGAAAAUUUCAAAAUACAGCUGUCUCAGGCUGUCCAAAAAGCCUACCAACUGGAUCCAGUUCCUGGCAGGGCGAAUGGAGCGCUAAUACUGAAUCAUUCAAUCACCAUUGAUUCCUAUGUUGGGGUGAUGUCUAUCAUCAGCAAUCAGAACAGGUUGGGCUAUUCACUGGCUCGGGGCUCAGUGGGCUUCUAACAUGGCUGUAUUUCUGGCCUGUUGUGUCUCCUUAAACCAAAAAUCUUUCUUUUGCUCUCUCGUGAUUGAUUUCUCUUUAUUUAAACUUGUUGAGACUUUGCAAAUCACGUAUCAGUCCCUAACCCUACUGAUAUCAUGGUCCAUUUUGAAACAACCACCAAACAUAUUGAGUUUAAAGGAUAAAAUGAGUACUGAACCUGUCAAAUGACACAAUUCUACAAACAAGUGCAGACCGAGAAUACUAGACAUUGCCUGCACUGGCUGAAAGUAGUAACGCGUUAUAAAAUUUGUUAUCCCUGGAUAUAUUAGCAUUAUAAUAACAAGAUAGUUACAAAAAGAUAUUGUUAAACAAUGCACUAUUAUAUGGUACAGAUUUUGUAUGAUUCUCUGAAACGCUGCCUGGGUCUCUCAAGGAUUUUGUUUUGUUACAGCAAUCAUUCAUGCCCUGACCAUUAUAUGAAAUCAUCAAGCAGGCUUUCUGUGUUAUUUGUAUAUUGUUGUUAACAUUGACUAAUAAAUGUUACUCUCAACAAUAAUUUAAUAAAGAAAUCCACAGUU